GGAACAAGAUACCUUGCCCCGGAGAGCCAGGCCUUUGCCCCUCUCCUGCCAGGUCAACCCAGGUCGACAAAUGGGAGUGGAGUCCUGCUGGGCUUGUGCGCUCACCUGUCCCGGAGUGUCCUACUGCUGCCUGGGCCAUACUGGGCGGUCUAGAGGGACUGAGGAAGGGGGGGGGGUCAAUAGAAGGGAGAUCGCCGGUUGGGGUGGUGGCUCUGGGAGCCCAGAGAAAGGGCACCACCUGCCUCCCCUCCCAGCUGGGUGCACCCUCAGCUCAAGUCUCAGCUUGCCCGGUGUCGGACCCGCCCUUUCUCACCCAGUGGGUACACGGGAGCCCGGCCCAGCUUGGAGUUACUGUCGAGCCCAGGGGCCUCCCCAGCGCCACAGGACUUGGAUGUACCAAGGACACGGAUGGCGACAGUGGGGCCGAGGACCGGGCCGAAUGCAGGGGCCGAAGCGCUGGCGCUGGCGGCAGAGCUCCAAGGAGAGGCGACAUGCUCUAUCUGCCUAGAGUUUUUCCGGGAACCGGUGUCGGUGGAGUGCGGUCACAGCUUCUGCCGCGCCUGCAUCAUGCGCUGCUGGGAGCGUCCUGGAGCGGGGACCGGCACCGUGACCCGCACGCUGCCCUGCCCGCUGCCCUGCCCUCAGUGCCGCGAGCCCGCGCGCCCCAGCCAGCUGCGGCCCAACCGACAGCUGGCCGCGGUGGCCUCGCUACUUCGGCGCUUCAGCCUACCCCCGACAGUCACCGGGGAGUGCGGGACCCCUGCGGUGGUGGCCCGGACGGCGGCUGCCCGGUGCUCGCAACACGGAGAGUUGCUUAAGCUCUACUGCCAAGACGACGGACGUGCCAUUUGCGUGGUGUGCGACCGCGCCCGCGAGCAUCGUGCGCACGCCGUGCUGCCACUGGAGGAGGCGGUGCAGGAGGCCAAGGAGCUGCUGGACUCCAGGCUGAGGGCCUUGAAGAAAGAACUGGAAGAGUAUGAAGUGUUCCGGUCCACCGAGGAGAGGGAGAGCAAGGAGCUUCUGAAGCAGAUGGAAGCAGAGAAAGAGAAGGUGGGGGCAGAAUUCCAGGCACUGCGGGCCUUUCUGGUGGAGCAAGAGGGUCGGCUUCUAGGCCGACUGGAGGUGCUGUCCCGGGAAGUGACCCAGAAGCAGAAUGAGAACCUGGCCCACCUCGACGGUGAGAUCACUCAACUGUCCAAACUCAGCAGCCAGAUCCAGGAGACAGCUCAGAAACCGGAUCUAGACUUCCUCCAGGAAUUCAAAACCACACUAAGCAAGUGCAGCAGCGUGCCUGGCUCCAAGCCAACCACAGUGUCAUCUGAGAUGAAAAAUAAGGUGUGGAACGUCUCCCUCAAGAGUUUCGUCUUGAAAGGAUUGCUGAAGAAGUUCAAAGAGGAUCUUCAGGGAGAGCUGGAGAAAGAGGAGAAAGUGGAACUCACUUUGGACCCUGACACAGCCAACGCCCGCCUCAUCUUGUCCCUGGAUCUAAAGAGCGUGCGCCUGGGACAGCGUGCCCAGGACUUGCCUAAUCAUCCCCGCCGCUUUGAUACCAACACCCGCGUUUUGGCGUCCUGUGGUUUCUCCUCAGGGCGACAUCACUGGGAGGUGGAAGUGGGCUCCAAGGAUGGCUGGGCCUUCGGUGUGGCCCGCGAGAGCGUGCGUCGCAAGGGCCUCACGCCCUUUACCCCCGAGGAGGGCGUCUGGGCAAUGCAACUCAACAAUGGGCAAUACUGGGCUGUGACCAGCCCUGAGAGGACGCCCCUCAACUGUGGACAUCUGUCGCGGGUGAGGGUGGCUCUGGACCUGGAGGUGGGGGCGGUGUCCUUCUAUGCAGUGGAGGACAUGCGCCACCUCUACACCUUCCGAGUCAACUUCCAGGAGCGAGUGUUCCCCCUUUUCUCCGUUUGCUCCACUGGCACCUACUUGCGAAUCUGGCCUUGAAGAGCUGUCUUGGGCUUCCUUGGAGGAGCCAGGGCAGCCGCGGAGGGAACUCUCCUCUGUAAGACAGAGGUGCUCCAUCUUGGACCUUUCCUCCACACCCCUGACCCAGGCUAGAGGACUGUCAUAGAGCACAACAGAGUCGCUAAAAGCUGACCGGACCGAGGAGAGACGCGCUGUGGGGUAACCGCAAAGGGAAGAGAUGCCUCGGACCCUUGGCGCCUGCUCCCUUCCUGUAAUGUUCCUGCUCUUUGUAUCUGAACUGUGGAGAGGUGGUGGCCCACUCGGACAAAUGCCCAGCUCUUAACAAGGGUGCUUCAAACCCCAUGAGCUUACUACCUUGAUUUAGAAGGGUCCCUGUGCGCACAGAACAGUGUCAAAGACUGGUACCCUUGCAAAAGGGUGUGCUUUGGCCCCGGACCCAUCGGGUUAUUAGUUUACAUUCGUGGCAGCUGCAGGCUCUGCCUGGAGAGGUCAUUGAGUCCUCCUGAUCCAGCUGGCCAGGCUGGGCUGUUUAUUUAGGGAGGAACGUUGUAGCUCCCGGCUCAGAAGCCAGUCUGACUAGAUCUGGAAGGAAACUCUUGACCUAUGUGUGAGGCCUGAACGACGGCGUACACGUAUGUACGUGCAUUGCUGCAUUGCUGUUUUCCAGCACUCCUUAGCUUGAUGUCCUUGAACACAGUGACUGGCGACGUGUGGUCACAGGUGCCUUAAGCUUCACGGUUUCCAUCGGUGUAUAUCUCCUUUGGGUAAAGAGAGCAAAAGGUUCUGCAAUUGUGAAACACAGGUUGAUAUUUAGGAGUUUUCAGGUGGCAGCUAGCACGGUGUAGAGAUGCACAUGGCAUCAACACAGUCCUGCCGAACCCUCUCGGGAGAGGACUGCUGUGCCUCUUUGCCAGGAAGAGGGUUAAGCACCCGGGCAAGCCUCCUUAUCUUAUCUUUCUUGCUGGAAAGGCAGCAGUGUUCCCUGCUUCACACUCCCUUGGGAAGCUGCAGAGUGGAUGGAAAUACAGAUUUUUGAACACA